UUCUUUGUUGAUAUUUAGAGGCAGCACGUAUCGAUGAAAGACUCGGUCGCUAAAUAUUUAGCACGUGUUCAUUUUAUACGGUGGCAUGUAACGGAACGACUGUUGAGUUACGAGUCGGUAUACAAAUCAGACAUUUAUUUAAUAAAACAUAAUUGAAAAAAAAAAAAAUAUUCGCGGUUAUAUUUUACUAGUGAUUACAAAAAGUGUAAAUAGCAAUUGACAACCGUUGUGAUUAAAUAUUUUUCGUACUUUCUUCAGAUAAAAAGAAAGUAAAAUAAAAUUAAUCAUUCAAUAGAUUUUUUUGACGCUGUGAAGUUGCAGUAAUGGCAGAGGGACCAUCGCCAUAUUUGACUGCGAUUCAGAAAGUUCCAGGAAUCACACCGGGUGAUAAGUUUCGAGCACUUAACCAGAUCGCGAGGAAUAUAGUUAAAUUGGUGAAUCAAAAUCGUUCGAUUUUUAACAUUUCAUCAAAAAUACCUAUAGGUCUAAAGAUUCUGGUGCAAGUGGAGGUGGUGCGAUUAUCAGAACAAUUUGAUGGAAUUCUUGAAGCAAUUAGAAAUGGUGACUCCGUAGUGAUUAAUCGGACACUCAGAGCCAAGUGGUUUUUCAAUGGCAGCCAUGAAAAUUGUAGGGUUCAGUUCUACAAGGCACAGAUUUUUCCGUUUGUAUCUUUGCAGAGUCGACAUAAAAUUAUCAAAACAUUGGCUAAAUAUUUGACCGCAAAUCCUGCUAUCGCUGAAGAAUUUUAUACUGCCCUGACUUUGAUGUACGGAGAUAAACAAGCUCACCCACUACUGAUGGCUUGCAGUGAAUCAUUUAUCUGGAGUCGCAUCACAGAACAUAAACUACGGCUCAAUAAUAGAAUAGUACGAAUUUUAUUCGACAAGUAUCCAAAACUUGUAGUUGAAUAUCUGAAGCUAAGCAAAAAAAGUGACGACAAAUUCGAACGAAAUUUACGACCCGUUAAUUUACAGACUCAUGCGUCUUUUCUUCCCAGAUUAUUAAAGGGAUAUCCAGACUCUUUUAUGGAACUCAUCAAAUUGCAUAACAACAACUUCAAUAUAAAGUUAAGCCGCCGUAGUUCUAAUUUAUUUUUUAAAAAAUUCCCCGACGCUUUAAUGAGAAAUCCACAAUUAUUUCAACCAAUGUUAAAUCUCAAAGUCGUACACAAAAACCUCACUGACCUUCAGUUCAAGGCCAUUUUCAAGCAGCAAUUUCCACCCGACAUAGACUCAUUUGAAUUCGAUAAAUUACUUCAGUUCCUAGAAUACCUUCCAAAAUCGAAUAAAUUGCCUUUGAUGAUUUCUACAUUCGAAGAAGUUUACGGAUUUAAAUUAAUAGAUUGCUACGAAAUAAUUUCGGGAUCAAAUCUUUUGAUGCUUCCCCGCAAUGAUCGGAUCAAGUUAGUGGAAGAAAUCCUUAAAAAAAUCGAUGGAAAAAGUGAAAUAAGUUACUAUAUGCUGUGGGUUUGCUACUUACCCUGUAACGAGUCAAUAAAGUGCUUGAGACGCAAGAUCAAACACGUAGAUGACUUAAAUCUACGGUUUGAGUUAAUCGUGCGAUUACUCUUUACGUGCCAAGUUAAUGCCGACAAUGAUUCGUUUGUGAGAGUUAUGGACUACAUCGCAACAGAGCACAUAAAUGAACCUGAAUGGUAUUUCGUGGCUAUUUUCCAAUACAUAUCAAACACAUACCCCGUAUAUACCUUUAGAAGCCAGCAUUGGGAUGCGUUGAUUCACUUUAUCGUUUUAACGAAAAAUAAGCUCAAAGAUUGUUACCACGAGAUACCAUUGGAUUUGAUUGUCGCUGCAGUUCGUUACGAUUUGGUGAAUAAUAUUAAUGAUAACACGCGUAGAAUGAAAUUGCUUACAGAAUUUUAUUUGAACCUUCGGGCUGCUAAAUGGCUAGUUUUUACAGACAGUUUUCAAUACAAUAGAAUCUGCCUAGAACACUUUAUCACUAAUCUAAUGGACUAUGAGCUUCCUAUUGCUGAAAACGUGAUGACUACUGGAUUAAUAUCUUUGUUAGUAACGAUUUAUGACUUUAAUAAUGCAGUAACUGAAGCAAAAUCUGAUGUCAAAGUUAUUCUUAUUAAAGAUCAUCCGAAAUUGGUGAAAAAAGUGCGGUCACUCCUUAGUGAUCACAUUAGAGAUGAUAUUAACAUAAAAAAUCUGAAAGUCGCAGUAAGAAACUUGGAUCAGGAUCUUUACAACGCCUGCGUCAGUAAAAGUGUAAGGAAAACCGAGAAAUUACCUAAGACUGUAAUACCCGUUAAUUUGAAAUCAAAGUCUACUUGGAAAAUGCUGAAAACCGAUCCACAAUAUUUUGAAUACAAUUGGGAGCCAUUUUUGAAUGAAUGUCUUGCCAGAAUUUUUGUACCUGGUGUCACAAAGAAAUCCCUUUUGGAGUUCGAUUCGUUAGCUCGAAGAUUUCUCAGACUGAGUCGGUGGUGUCAGGAUCUGCCAAUGAAGAUUGUUAGAAGGCUACAAGAAAACUUUGAAAAGUUUAAAGACGGACGAGAUCUAAUUGCUCUGGCAUUUCUGCUUGAAGGACCGAACCUUGAGCCCUUCUUAGGAACUUUUGGCGUGUUAGAAGCUACGGAGGUUACUUUUAAAGAUCCUGCCGCACCUGGCAUGAAAGCCACUAGUGUUCUGAGAGCCUUAAGUGUUGCUAACCCCCCGGUAUCUUUGGAUUUGAUACUCAAAUUCUGUGUCAAUGAUUGUGUAGAAUCGGGAAUUAAUUGCCUUAUUAAUGUAAGCCGACGAACGGGGGUUGAUGAAGUUAUUUUGUUUGCAUUAGAUCUGUUAAAACCAAGGCCGAUUGCUCAACCGGUGUGUAUACGAAAACUCGGAAUUCGGUUAUUUUGUAUGGUCGAGGAUGCUGAACAUUCACACCUUAUCCUGGCGAACUUGUGGACCCACGAAACGGAUCAGAAGAUUCGUAAGUUAUUGGUUAGAAAUUCGCUUAAACUUUUUAAAGCAUUUCCUGAGGACAAGAACUGGGAAUUGAUUAAAAAAUGUAUCGACGGUCUUAGACCAGAUGAUAUACACACUUUUGAAUCUCUUAUGAAAUUUGAUUACAUCCCUAAUGAGUUCAUUGCGGAAUAUGUCCGCAAAUUAUUUAGCCUCUUUCGUAGACUCGGCGAUGAGGAAAACGGUUUUCAGCCAGAUGUCGUUUGGUUCUAUAUUACAAAGCUACUUAAUAUUGAUAAGAACAUAUUAGUUCUGUUUUCCGACGAAUUGCACAAUGAAAUAAUUGACAAGUAUGUUCUUGAUUUGUCAGUACCAAAAAAUGUACAGUCUGCAGGCCAUAGUUAUCUAAUUAAUUACAUUGUAACAGCGCGAGAUAAGUUAGAAGACAGAUUGAACCGAUUCAGAAAUAUAUUUAUCAAAAUUGUGAAAGGAAAUUUGGAUGUUCCUCAUCCUACUGAACCGUCAUUCUAUCCAGCAAAUUAUUUCGUACAUGAAUUGAUCAAUAAUAUAAUAUAUUCUUUGCCCAACAAUCGUAUAAAACGUAAGUUAGCUUAUACUGCGACAAAGGCAGCAGUCGAUUCGGACUUGAAAACUCAUCGAGAUCCCAAAUUCUUCUUAUUGUUCACACUCACUUGUAUUGUUUACAAAGCCUCUCCCGAGAAAUUAGCAACGGCUAUCAACCGAUUUUUGCCUACAUAUGCCAAAUCUUUUGGCAAAGACUACAUUGAAGUUAUUGCUAAAUAUCUUCAAGAAUUUAUCGAUUCUUGCAUCAGCGAUCGGCGAUAUCAAAUAGAAGUCGUCGAUAGUCUCCGAGGUUUAGGAAAUGAUGAUGCUAGAAGUCUUGCAGGUCGUCUUGGAGACUUUAGAGGCAAAUAAAAAGCUAUCCCCGGCUCGCUAAACUUGUGUCUCCUUCCGUAAUAAAAAUGACUACAACCCUGUAGGCGAGUGCCUUUUUAACUAUUUUUUAAAAGUAGUAAUUAAUAGGUAGGAGUCAUGUAAAAUAUUUUACGGCAUGAAAUUUUAUAAUUAUCGAUACUAAGGUUACCGAUGCAUUGUCAAUGGAUUUUUAAACACGUGUAACAAAAAAACAAAAAUGAUAACUUAGGAUUUUUAUUAUUAUUAUUAUUAUUAUUAUUAGUAUUUAUGUAAUUUUUUUUAAGGCUUUUUACGCUGAAGUAUUGUCCAACUCAAGAACGUAUAUAAGCAAUUAAUGUAUAUGUUUUAAAAUUCUAGUAUAUAAUAAAUAAUCGACUUUUAUGUAUAGUGACUUUGUAAUGUUGUGAGAUAAAAUUGUGAAUUAUACAUAAUAUAGAUAUGA